UGCCCAGACGGUUCUGAUGAGAAGAACUGUUUUGACUGCCAGCCGGGGAACUUCCACUGUGACACCAACCUGUGUAUCUUCGAGACGUGGCACUGUGAUGGCCAGGAGGACUGCCUGGAUGGUAGUGACGAGAGAGACUGUUUGGGAGCUGUACCCAGGAAGGUGAUCACUGCUGCCCUGAUUGGUUCUCUUGUCUGUGGCCUCCUCCUUGUCAUCGCUCUGGGCUGUGCCUUCAAACUGUACUCCCUCCGGACAAGAGAGUACAGAGCAUUUGAGACCCAGAUGACCCGUCUGGAGGCGGAGUUUGUUCAGAGAGAGGCUCCGCCCUCCUAUGGUCAGCUGAUCGCCCAGGGCCUCAUCCCUCCGGUGGAGGACUUCCCUGUGUACAACCCCACUCAGGUAACGUCUGGUUUCACUGCUACAGUCUCUGUAUUAUAGAUACAUUAUCAUUACAACCCCACUCAGGUAACGUCUGGUUUCACUGCUACAGUCUCUGUAUUAUAGAUACAUUAUCAUUACAACCCCACUCAGGUAACGUCUGGUUUCACUGCUACAGUCUCUGUAUUAUAGAUACAUUAUCAU